UAAAUGUAUUUAUUGUACAAUAGAUUAAGCAGAAUUCAGUUAAAUCAAUGCCAUGAAUCUACACACUCCGAUACGGCAGGUGGCGGUAUGCUGAUCCACCAACAAACAAUCAGAAGAAGAAGAAGAAGUUUGGAUGUUUGGCGCGGGCAGAUACACCUACGCUAGCUAGGACGGGAUGCUAACAAAACGGAGCUCCUGAAUACAAUUGCCAUUGACAGUUGCAGAGUCAAAGAGCUUCAGGUAGAGAGAGAGUAGAGGGCAUUCUGACAGGGAGGAGAUGGAGCGGUCUAGCAGCAGGUUGUACUCAGGACCUCUUUCCCAGGCGGCCCAGAAGAUCCUGGCUGUUCUGCGGGCCGGCAGUCCACAUGCAGCCAGACGCCACCACAACUACUCCUACAUUAACAUAGUGGAGAGAGAUUAUGGCAGCCAGAGGGAGCCUUUGGUUCAGAGCAGCUGCAGCAUGAGUCAGGAGCAGAGCAAAGAUGGAGACACAGACCGACCCCAGGUGUCCUCUUCCACUUCCUACCACCACUCCUCCAACCAGCUGCAGAGCAAUCAGACUUCGGCCUACUAUCAGUCCUCGCAGACACCAGUCUGCUCUCUGUCAUCCCAGGCCUCCUCCUGUUCUUCCUCCUGCUGGGACAUAUCCUCACUCCAAAGGCAGGCGACUCACACUGAAGCCUAUUAUCAGAGCUCACAGAUUUAUUCCCAUAGAAAGUACUCUGAACCCCCUGCUAACCAGAUCAGCCAGACUCGGUCAUUCACUCAGCAUGAGAUCUCUGAGGCAGCAGCCUCUUUCUCCCAUAGAGACCGAUACACGCCGUCCCUCCAAAUACCCGAGAGUCUUUGUGAACAUCCAACUACACUGUGGAGAAACUUCACUGAAGAAAUCACUCCGUAUUUCGUCCACAAUCUUCCUCCAGACGACGGCCCUGGCGAUGUAUUGUCAAUGGAACACCCUAAUACAUAUGAAGAGGAGCGUUUGGCUUGCCGCCCAGUUUUAUCCAGCCUUAAAAUAAGUGAAGAGACACAUUUCACAUCAGGUGCACAGAAAGAAAACAAAGUUACAGAGAGCUGGAAAACCUCCAGAAAUGAACUAGAAGACAGUCAAGCAAAGCGGAAUCUAGGUCUAUCCAACUCUACUGAAGAGACCACUGAUGGAGGCAUACUAUAUCAGCAUCCAGAGUCUGAAACAUUCAAAACUGGAAGGAUACAUGUACAUCCCAGUGGCUGUGCAACAAGAGAGGAGACAGGCUGUGAUGCACAUUCAGGCAAGGCGAUGAGAAAUCUAGUUAUAGAGGAAAGUUUGGAGAUGAUAGUGGAUACAGAAGAUGUGACUGAGGCUGGUUUUGGACAAAUGUUAAACACAGAACAUGAAGUGCAGGAUGGAGUUACGUGGAAUGAGAGAGGACAUAUGGAUGCAACCCUGCGAAAUGAGAAAGGAUCAGCCAGUGAAAUGGGGGGAAUUCGGCUCUUGGGAACCAAUAAGAACACUAGUUUAGAGAGGAAUUUUAACUUGUUAUCUACAGCAACCAUCAUGGACAAAAUCUUUCACUGUGAUAGUGAAGGAGAAAAGCUUGGGGAGAAAGAAGAGAAUGACUUCGAGUGCAGAGUUGAUACACCUGAAGUCAAAGAAGCUGAACAUCCACCUGGCUUUAAGUCUAAAGAGAUAUUAGUGGGAGGUCACACUGGCAGUCCAAAAAAGGUCUCAGCAGCAUUAAAAAGGGCCGACCACGAGGUGAGCCUCUGCCAGACUGCAACCCCUCAGGACAAGGGCCAGGCUGUGACUGAAACAGGAGAGAAGCUCCACACAGAAAACCCAUUGGUGCAGUGUGAGACCAAAUUAGUCCCGGGCAACAACACUGCUGAUAAUCUGAAAGGAACCGCUGAGGAAAGAAUAGAUGUGAUGGAGGUCAGGUUGGAAGUGGAAGCAGAGAACAGGACAAAGGCAAGCACUGAAGAUAAGAUGGAGACAGAGCAGCACUGUCGUUCUGACGUCCAACAAAGAGAGAGAACGUGUGAGACUGAUUCUAGAGAAGUCGGUGAAUUACCUGAAAUAGACAUUGAGCUUGGAGGGAGGGGCAAAGACAGACAUGAGUCCGUGAUGCCACCUGUGGACAGUGAGGAUGAGAGUGCAUCUGAAGAGGACUCGGCUAGAGAAAGUUAUUCCACGGCAACAUUGUCGCAGGAGUGCACGGAAAAAAGUUCACGCUUCAGAGCUCCUUGUCUCCGUGGGAACCACCAGAACCAUGAAAAUGUACAUACUGCUAAUGGAAGUAUCAAAGGGAGCAGUUCAAGCGUUUUACUGGCCCCAGCAAGCACCUCUGCUGCUGGACAAAACCCCUCCUCUGUGCAGGACUUGGCCUCCACUGCUAGAAAAGCAAGCACAAAGCUGGAAAACAGCAACCUACCUACUUCCCAAACUCAUUCACAUCUUCCUCCUCUGAUCCCCUCCCUCCCAUUAAAGAGGAAAAAUGAAGUACUUCAGCACCAAAAUGCUCACCCUCCUCCUAAAAUCUAUCUAACCAGACGUCCUCCAAAAUGGCAGCCAACUCACUCCUCACAAGAAAAAGCAGGAGGGGGAGGGAGAGUCAACGAGCCGAAGAGAUCCAGACCCAAAACCUCUAUCCUUGAACUCCCAGCUGUACCCCCAGAACCACAGACCAAAGUUAGUCCUUCUCAUGAAACAGAAACAGUGGUACACAGAGACAUGUAUGCUGCAAAGCAAACUCCACAAAUUCAGCAGAGUAAGGUGAAAAAAAGGUCUCGUGAAUCAGAUAUGAAUGUUUCCAAACAGGCCUCAUCUUCUGUGACCUUGACCUGCAAACCAUUCAAGCACAAGUGGGCCAAAUGUGGCCCUGACCAGGGAACAAAUGGGCCAAACAUAUCCCGUGAGGGGGCUAAUGGUGGUGAGCUACAGAACCAAUCCAAAGCUAGCUGUCUGACUGCAGCCUUGACAUCUGACCCCAGAGUAGAAGAUUCUGGGAGGCUGAACCAAGACGAGAAGAUGCAAAUGCUUGAGAAGGCUGGGAAGGCCAAGGCGCUGGUGCUAACGUUGGUGCACCGAGAUGGAACAACCCAGUUAGACUCAGAACAGAAGCUCAGUCCGCCGGUGUGUGGCCUCCUCAUACUGAUGAAGAACAACCUCGACUGCAGCUUGCCAGAGGACUCGCUCGGGCCAAACGACAGUCUGAUCUACUUAAAAUUAGAGCACACACCUGCAUGGGCCCAGCAACACACACACCAGAGUCAGGAGCUCUUUACAAGAGAUAUGCUGCUACAGGUGCUAUCAAGAACUCAACUGGUGGUGUGCUAUAAAGCCAAGGAUUUACUUCGCACAGCUCUGCAGUUUUACAGACGAGACCUCAGCUGGAAACAAGUGGCAGGCUGUCAUAUCCAGGACCCGCAGGUGUCAGGGUGGCUACUGGAUCCUGCAAAUUCCUCCUCUUGCUACCAGGACCUUCUCAAUAAACACAGCAAAAGACCUCCUACAACACCUGCCCUGGGUACCAAGAAGGUCUCUCAGGUCUCUCAGGUCAUCUCAGGUCUGUAUUCGCUCUACUGGCUUCACAUGGAGCUGUGCUCUAAACUACAGAGCCAGGGGCUGUGGGAGCUGUACUCGGACAUGGAGCUGAACAUGAUCACUGUUCUGGCAGUUAUGGAGAUCCAUCACAUCCAUGUGGACAAAGAAGCUCUUCAGAGAACGUCAGACAUGCUGGGGACUAAGAUGAAGCAGCUGGAGCAGGAGGCCCAUCAAGCAGCUGGACAACAAUUCCUGGUCACCAGCAACACCCAACUUCGAACUGUUCUGUUUGAGAAGUUGUGCCUCCAUGAGCGCUGCAACAAGAAACUUCCCAAGACCAUCAACAAACAACAUCAGUCAACAUCAGAAGCUGCAUUGUUGCAGCUUCAGGACCUGCACCCUCUGCCAAAGAUCAUUCUAGAGUAUAGACAGGUGCACAAAAUCAAGUCGACAUUUGUUGAUGGGAUUCUUUCAUGCAUGAUGAGCAAGAACUACAUUUGCUCUACGUGGUACCAGACCAGCGUGGUGACGGGGAGAAUCUCAGCCAAACACCCAAACUUCCAGGCGCUGCCAAGACAGCCACUUCAGAUCACCAAGAAGCAGUACAUCCAAGGAAAGGAGGAGGUGGUGACUGUUCAUCCUCGGGCAAUGUUCAUCCCUCAGGAGGGUUGGACUUUUCUUGCUGCAGACUUCUGCCAGGUGGAGCUGCGUCUGCUGGCUCACCUCUCCUCUGACCCUGAGCUGCUCCGCAUUUUCAGCCUCCCGCAGGCCGACGUCUUUACCAUGUUAGCCUCUCAGUGGAAAGGGGUGCGUGAGGGUGAGGUGACUUCCGAGGAUCGGGAACACGCCAAACGCAUCGUCUACUCUGUUGUGUACGGGGCAGGUCGUGAGCGUCUGUCAGGAAUCCUCGGGGUGAGCGCCGAGCAGGCCAGCCGAUUCCAGGACAGCUUCCUCCAGACCUACAGAGAAGUCCAGACCUUCAUCCAGAGGACCAUCCAGCAGUGCCACAGACAAGGUUAUGUGCUCUCCAUCAUGGGUCGUCGACGAACCCUCCCUAACAUCAACUCCCCCGACUGGGGCAUCCGCAUGCAGGCUGAGAGGCAAGCUGUCAACUUUGUAGUCCAAGGUUCUGCUGCUGAUCUCUGUAAGAUGGCCAUGAUCAGAAUCUUCAACCUGGUCUCCUCCUCCAGCUCGCUCUCUGCCAGGCUGAUAGCACAGCUCCAUGAUGAGCUUCUGUAUGAAGUGGAGGACUCCCAGGUGGAACAGUUUGCAGCUCUGGUGAGGAGCACCAUGGAGUCCCUUCAGCACAUAGUCCACCUAGGAGUCCAUAUUAAGUUUCUUUUUCAGCUGAACUGCCCUUCACUUUGCCUAUUGAACCCACUGACAAGAAUGUGCUCUUCGUGGAUCGACGCAAGAGAUGCCUUUCUCACCGGGAGCCAAGGCCUGAGGGUCACUCUGAAGAGUACAGUUGUCAAGGACAACAGAGGCAUGUGGCAGGCACCGUACACACACCGGGUACAGAGGCAUGCCACACUUGCAUUGCUUUUUGCAUUCUACAGUUGGUUGGCUGGCAGGCAUGAUGUCAUCCAGGCAGUGCUGCCGUUGUAUGUACAGGCUGUACAGGACGUGGAGGACAGCAUGGCCAACAUUGUGACGAGGUUUUGGAGUGGCGAUAAUCUGAAAACUGAAGGCGGUUUCCUUGGCUGGGCGGAAACAUCACUUCCUCAGUGCCAGGAUGAUGGAUAACCCACUUGGCCACUGCAGCACCUUCAGCGUAAAUGAGAAAUGAAGAGGAAGAGGAGGAGAAGCGAUACAGAGAAUUUCAAACAGCUGGAGGGAUUCAGUCAGCUUUUCCAGGAGCAGAUGAAAGAAAAGUUGAAAGGCUUCUGUGGAGAGAAAAGGCCAGCGAGCGAGGGGGUGAGACAGAAAGUGAUUCAGCGUAUACUUUGUGUCCCUGCAUACUGAAGCCUCUCAGUCCUUCCUGCAGAAGCCUGGUAGGUUAAAGCUGCCUAAGCAACAGAACUGGAGUAUCCUGUGUAAUAAGGCUGCUUGUGUGCUGUGGUGCAGUAUGAGGGGCUUUGCCUCCACAGUGCUGGCAGUACAUGGUGCUGCUUGGGGCUACAAUUCCUGCCAGGUCACUGCCAACGCUUCAGUGGCCUGGCAGGCAGCGCCUCAUUUUCCUCCUUGUGAGUCUAUUUACAGUAUUUCACCUUAUCUGCCUUCACAGCCAUGGUGGAAGUAGAGAGUGCUGCAUUGCUGCAACACAGCUGGCAGCAUGCCUUUACUUAGAGCUCCUCCUGCUGGUGUAGAUGGAGGUAUUGCAGAAUUUCUUAUUUCCAUGCUGUAAUCCCUGUUGUAAAUAAAUAAAAAGGUGUGUGUGGGAGGGGAUGAGUUCAGCCAGAGCAGCAGGAGCAUCACUUCUGCUACACACCAGCUCCUGGGAUAAAUGAACACAGAGGGGUUGAAGUGCUGCUAUGAUUCAAAAGCAUAAUUCAACACAUAACCUGCUUUCACUCCCAAAUUGAUUGGAAGAUCUUUAAAAAUCGGGACAAAUCUACAUUUUACUGUAUUAAGAUGCUAAUGCGUUUUUGUCUGUGGCUGGAGUUAUUUUCAGUAUCGUUCAUUAUUUAGUGUGGAAUGUCAAAGAAAGAGUCACAAUUUCUCGUCAUCUUCAGAUGUUUUGUUUGGUCUGACCACUAGUCUAAAAGAUUUUCUAUUUAUAUGAUAUAAAAGCAGCAAAUCCUCCACUCGAGAAGCUGAAACCAGAAACUAUUUUUUUUUUUUAUUUGACUCACAGAUGAUCAAAACUGGUGGCGAAUAAUAUUCUGUAAAAUCCAGUGAUUGAUUCAGCACCAAACACAGCAUGAAAUAAUUGUUGAACCACAGAAAUGCUUAAUUUUUUAUCUGCAACACAAACUCUUUACUUAUACGUGUGAACGUACAUGUAGCUUACAUGGUUUAAAAACACAUAAAUGUGACCUAUAGCACACAUGGGCUCUUUGUUUGGAUGCAGGCAUAAUUUUGUCAGUGAAUGAAAGUACAGCUGAGGCCAUUAGUCAACUAUUCAAUCAGUCAACAGAAUAUUUAUUUUGAUGAUCAAGUAAUAGUUUGUUGUAUUUUUAGUAAAUAUGCCAAAAAUUCCUGGUUACAGUUGCUCAUAUGUUCCUGGUUCUCUUGUUCCUCUUUGACAUUAAACUAAAUAUUGUUUGUUUGUCUAGCAUUGUAUGAAACAAUUAGUGGUUGAAUCAAGAAAAUAACAGGCAGAUUCAUCUGUAUUGAAAUACUUUUUACACAUUUGUUACACACAGUCAUCUCAGUGCUACACCUACAACUGAGCUGUAACACUUACUGGAACAGAGACCACAAUGAAUGAAUAAAUGUGUCAGAUUAA